GUCAGGCCCCGGGUAGGCCUAGCCCUCAGGCUGCUGGGCUCCCUCGCAGCCCGCUAGGGACCUAGCACCCAGGUAGGCGGUAGGGUGACCCCAGAAGCCUGGGUGACGCACCCAAGGCUUGAGCUCUCAGGUCAACCCCAAUUAGUCCUAAAUUCAACAUCCAGCACCCUACCUCCCCCCUUUUUAGCUGAACCUGGACACGCUCCCCUUCUUGAUCUUUCCACCACCCGGACGACACAUCUUGAACUUCUGGUGCUCCACCCUCUGCUUGACAACGGCAAUAUAGCAAAUACCCUCUCGAACCUUAAGCCGAACACACUCCAACAGUCAACAUGGCCGACUCUCUGACCGAGGAACAAGUCUCCGAAUUCAAGGAGGCAUUCUCCCUCUUUGAUAAGGAUGGCGAUGGACAAAUCACCACCAAGGAGCUCGGCACAGUCAUGCGGUCCCUUGGUCAGAACCCUUCCGAGUCCGAGCUGCAGGACAUGAUCAACGAGGUCGACGCCGACAACAAUGGCACCAUUGACUUCCCUGAGUUCCUGACCAUGAUGGCAAGGAAGAUGAAGGACACCGACUCCGAGGAGGAAAUCCGCGAGGCCUUCAAGGUCUUCGACCGCGACAACAACGGCUUCAUCUCCGCGGCUGAGCUGCGCCACGUCAUGACCUCCAUCGGCGAGAAGCUCACGGACGACGAGGUUGACGAGAUGAUCCGCGAGGCUGACCAGGACGGCGAUGGAAGAAUCGACUACAACGAGUUCGUCCAACUUAUGAUGCAGAAGUAGAGGGCCGCGUGGUCUUCGGGCCAGCAGUCCCCUACUACGAAUGAUUCCCUAGAUGAUGAGAAGAAUGGACCCGCAUAUCUGAGCAGUUCCGGUCUACCUGCCCCGGCACGGCGUCUACACUGCUGCAGAGCCGCACGGCUGGGCUUGCUGGGGUAAUGAUGGAUAGGUCGAUGUAUAGCGUGUAGCAGCAAGGUGGAUAAAUGGCGUCUGUAGCCUUGUCUUUCUCAACUGAGCCAAUUGCCAGACUCAGAUUUUCCUUUGCCGGAAUAUUGCUUUUUGCCGUUGAAUCAUGUGCCGCGGAAGUAUCUGUGAUGGAUUGAGAGGAAUCCUUUUCUGUCUUGAAUCCACUUGCGGAGUUGGGUCAGUGGCUCAGGCAUGCAUACACUCCUCAGCCUCACGAGCACCGGGCUGAGCAAUGGCGGUCUGGCCCGACCUGACACACAUCACUACUGGUUAUUAAUUCCGGCUAUCUAGAGUAGAGAGAGGCACCACUUGUGCCAAUGACUGGUAGAAGCCAUUAUUGUUUUGAACUG